AAGGUAAGCGUUUCAGUCUCAUCUAAGAUCCAUCUCCCUACUCUCUAUCUGAUCCGUUUGAUUUCUUGAGAUGAAUCUCGAUUCGAUUUCUUCGUAUUGGUUCUAAAUUAAAAUUGACUGAGUUGAUUGCUCUCAGUUUACGCAUCUCCACCUCUUUGGAAUUUCUUCGGAUCCAAACCCGAAUUUCGAAUAGAAAAUUUAUUUGAUUAAGCUCUCAAGUUUUCAAAAAUUAGAAGACAAGUUCCAAAAACCGGCGAACUAGAAAACUGGGUUUUGGUACGAUGAAGCUCGGUGCUUGGGUUAUUGCUCCCAUGAUUAUACUUGUCCUUUCUCUCACGAUUGAAUUAACGAAAGCGGAAGUCAUUACACUGACCCCAGAAACCUUUUCUGACAAGGUGAAAGAGAAGGAUACCGCAUGGUUUGUAAAAUUUUGUGUUCCUUGGUGUAAGCACUGCAAGAAAUUGGGGAAUUUGUGGGAAGAUUUGGGAAAAGCAAUGGAGGGAGACGAUGAAAUUGAGAUUGGUGAAGUAGAUUGUGGUACAAGCAGAGCUGUUUGCACCAAAGUUGAUAUUCACUCAUAUCCAACAUUUAAGCUAUUUUACAACGGAGAAGAAGUUACAAAAUAUCAAGGAAAAAGAGACGUUGAAUCGCUCAAGGCCUUUGUCGUAGAAGAAACUGAAAAAGCAGCAGAAAAAGCUCAGCUUGAAGACAAGGAACUGUGAUUCAUCACUUUGGCUUCUAGUUUCACUAUGACUUUCACCAUUAGUUAGAUAGGCGUGCAUGGCUUCAAAAUUCGAUACCCCAUCGUCAUGGCGGAAGAGAUCUUGUAGAGGUCUUCGGCUUUAUAUGUUUUUCAAACCCAUACUCUUUUUGCUAAAAAAAUUCAGUUUCCAUUUUAGUUACAGUGAAACAAGGACACAAGCCUAGGUAGUCCAUAUUUCUUA